AGUUGUCAAAAUAAAUAUGAGUACAUACGAAAUAAGUAAAUCUUCCUUGUUGAGUUUAAAAGCUGAAAUAUUAAGGAAACAGGAAGAUAUAUCUAAAGCUAAAAUAGAAAAUGAAGCCAAAAUUAAGGUACUAAAAAAAGUACCUUUAGAAAUAAAGAAUAAAGGUGUUGAAGAAAGGAGUAAUAAGGAUUAUGAGGAAGAUUUAGACUUAUUAAAACUUUCCAAAACAGUUUUGGAACGCAAAACUGAAUUAUACGAAAAACUUUCGUCUGGUACAUUAUCUGAAGAAAAAAAGAAAAAAUAUGAACAAGUUUUGGUAAGAUUUGAUAAAAAAAAGAAUAAUAAAGUAAGUGAUGUACCCCCCAGUGAUUCAGAAUCUGAUAAAAGACAAUCUGAAAGUGAAGAUGAUAAUUACUAUGAAUCUGAUGAAGAUGAAGCAAAAGAUCCGGGAGAAAGAUGGGUUGAAUAUGUUGAUUCCUUCGGUAGAACUAGGAAAUGUAUGGAAAAAGAUUUGGAAUUUUUAAAAUCAAAAGACAAGGAAAUGAAAAAGAUAAUCCAUGAAAAGAAACAAUUAAAUGAAGAAGACAACCGAAAAGAUGAAGAAGAUUGUUCUCAAAAUGUCACUGAAGAUACGGAUAUUUCAAAAGACACCGACCAAAUGAUAUCUAGUGAUAUGAGAAGGGAGUUACAGAGAAGACAAUGGGAAAAGGAAGAAGAGGAAAACCGCAAUAAAACAAAUAUUCAUUAUGAAGAUGUAUUAUAUGGGGAGGCGAGAACACAUGGAGUUGGUUACUACGGUUUCUCUAGAGAUGAAGAAGAAAGAGCAAAGCAACAAGAAGCUUUGAAAAAAUUGAGAAAGGAAACUGAGGAUAAACAAAAAAAAGCACAGGAACUUAAAGAAACUAGAGAAAAGCUUCUUGCAGCCAGAUUAAAAGCAGCUAGAAAUCGAAAAAGGGCUAGAUUAGGGCUGCCACCAGAAGAAGACGAACCUGAAUCUAUUACCCCUCAACCAGUAAUAUCUGAAAAAGAAUUGCAAAAACAAAAAGAACAAGAAGAAAAAGAACGUCUUUUAGAGGAAGCUAGGCAGAAGUAUGUUAGACCUUGGGACGUAGGUAAAGAAGGUGUUAAGGAAAUGGAUGUCAUGACCCAAAAGGAAUGGGUCGAAAAGAAGAGGAAAGACAGACCUGCAGAAUUCGCUCCACCCACUAAUUACAGAAAAAAUUUUAGAGCCGUAGAAACAAUAAUAACUGAAGAUGGAGUAGAAUCAAAUGAAACCUUGAAAUUCAGUACUGGAAAACCGAAAAAUAAGCACAAGAAAGAGAAAAAUGUUUUAUUAAAAUCGUCCAACAAAAUAGAAAAAUUGAACCAAAAGACACAAAAAGAUACUAGUGCAGAUAUAGCAUUGCGGAAUAUCAGACAAAAUGAUCAAAUCGUUGAUUUGGAAGAUGAAGGUAUUCAUAAAAGGAAAGGAGUUGAAGUAGCUCCUCCUUCAACAUACGAUUAUUAUGGUCCAACUUCCACUAAAAUAAAGAGGAGUUCAAAUACCGGGACAAAUAUACAAGAAUCUAUUGAAGCGGGUCUCAAAUUUUUGAGAAAACAAGUUGAGGAAAAAGAGAAAUCUUCAAAUAUCGAUGAUAUGUUUUUAUUUUAGGAAAUACAUGAAUUAUUUAUAUAAAUAUGUAUACUGUAUAAAAGGAUUAUUAAUAAAUUAUUAAAGU